AAAAUAUUUGGAAGUUGCAGUUCACUCUCUUUGACAAAUAUUAUCCUAUUUUUAAAAUAUGGUUUUUCUAUAAACCUUUUGUAUGUAUCCGUCAUCCAGAUGACAUAGAGUAUGUAAGGAUAAUGAAACUUUGUACGAUGGAGUAUUCAUCUUCUUUCUUACUCUUUAAUAAGCUCCAAUUUAUUUUUGUUAGCAGGUGUAUUGUUUCUGUUUUAGAUGCAAAAUGGCAAUCGCGACGAAAAUUAUUAAAUCCCACGUUCCAUUUUGCUAUAUUACAACAGUUUGUUGACGUUUUCGUUAAGCAGAGCGAAGAUAUGACAAACUCUUUGAAAAAUACGGACGACCAUAUUGUAAACGAUUUAAUGUUUUUUAUUAGUGAAUAUACGCUCAAUACAAUUUGCGAAACUGGAAUGAGUACUUCUCCACAUAAACUUGGUUCAUUACAACAGUAUCGAAAUGCAGUUCAUCAGAUGUUGGAACUCAUAUUUUAUAGAACAAUAAGACCGUGGUUACAUUACGAUUGGAUCUUCGCAUUUACACCAAAAGGUAGACAACAAAUGAAACAUCUAAAGAUAAUACAUGGAUUUUCUCAGAAA